AUGUCCAAGAGGGUCGAGGCGGCGCGGUGGUCGGCCCUGCGGGAAGAAGACGCGGCCAGACUGCACGUGGCUAAGGGCGGUGCACGGGAUAGAACACCUACGAGGGAUCACCAGAACGAAAAUCGCCAGGACAAGGACCACCGGAGCAAGAAACAUCCCGAAGAGAACGUAAGACGGAUCCUCGGGUGCGACUUUGACGACGCCGCGGACCACAGUUUACCCGUAGCCAUGCUCGACUAA